UCUUGUGUGUUCAGUCUUUAGAUAACUCUGCGUGUGCUCGCUUGUUUAAUUUGAAUUUCGUUAGGUUAUCAUGACGAUCCCGAUCCUGUAUUAUGAUGAUCGCAGUCCACCGGUGCGAAGUUGUCUGAUGCUCAUCAAAAUGCUGAAUAUCAAUGUGGAGCUGCGCUUCGUGGACCUAUUCAAAGGGGCACAAUUCGAGAAAGACUUCUUGGCGCUAAAUCCGCAGCACAGCGUGCCGACGCUAGUGCAUGAUGAACUGCUGCUCACCGAUAGCCAUGUCAUACUCAUACAUCUUGUGGAACAGUUUGAUACAGAGGCCGGCAGACUGUGGCCCAAGGAUUACGCAGCCAGAAUGAAGGUGCUUAAUCGCUUGUUCUUCGAGUGCUCCUUUCUCUUUCGCCGUGACAGUGAUUUAAUGUCGGAAAUCGUGCGCAAGCAGUUCGCCAAUGUGGAUGUGGCCUACCACGAACGCAAGCUGUGCGAGGCAUAUGACAUUAUGGAGCGGUAUCUCGACGGGCAGACCUACAUGGCUGGCGAUCAGCUGACGCUCGCCGACAUAUCCAUUGUGAGCACACUGAGCACCGUGCAUCUCAUGUUUCCAGUGGCAGCGGCACGUUGGCCGCAACUGCAGCGCUGGUUUGCCACAAUGCAGCAAUUGGAUGCCUACGAAGUGAAUCGUCUUGGCGUGGAAAAACUGCGCGACAUCAUAGAAAAGCUGGGCAAGUUUCAGUUUCCCAACCGACAGCUCUGAUAGGACGAUGCAAGCUGAACUUUAUUUACAAAACGGUUGGAUCAAAACUGAAUCAUCAAAUAUUGCUCCAGGAAAUGGAGCUCAUAGACUUAAGCCAAAUUAACGAAACUAUUUAGGAGAGUUUGCUGCUGGUUGGAUACAAAAGAGAGUAGCAUUUGAAUCUUCGCCUAAAACCUAACUUAAUCUGGGUUUGAAACAGCUUCAUGUGACUUACUGGCUCGAAGCGUAAAAUGAAUCAUCAAACAAAUAUCAAAUUGUUAUUAUACUUCCUAUUAUUAACCCAUCUAUGUAACCCAGGGCAAUUAGACGCACUUGCUGUUUGCUUAAAGCCUAUUAUAUAAAGCCGCUAAUGUUGUUUCGUA